GUCUAUACAAGAACAUGUUCUAAAAGUUUUCUCGCUUCAAAUUCUGUUUACGAACUCUUUCCAAAACACUUCUUGGACGUUUCUUUUUGUUUUUGUUUUUGUUUUUUCUUUGAAAAAUAAGAUAUUUUACAAAACUUUUGAAAAACUGCAUGAGCAAGGAUGUUGGCCACACACACGGCAAUGAGCAGCAAGGCAACAUGGCCACACACUCGUUAGUUGUGAGCUCAACUGGGAUUGAGAGUACAAUUGUCCCGCAUAUCAUUCAUUCCAUUAGCUAAUCGCUUCUGUUGCGAUCCUUGGUGGUUCAACCCAUUUGUUCUUUCAUAUCAAUCGUAGUACAACCCAAUCGCUCUUAAGUUGACUUCUCAUACUUAUAGAUUAUGAUUCUCAAUUAUUUGGCUAAGAUAACUUCCAUCGUUGAGCCUCCCUCUACUCAUUCCAAUCACAUUUCUUAACUUUGGUUUCUCUCAUUAUUUGUUGUCAUUUGCUCAACAAGUAUUUAUAUAAAUCAUCCCAAAUCAACUCCCACUUUUCAGAUUUCCAUGGAUAUAAAAAGAAAUGGUGGCUCAUCAUUCGUACCAUUUCUUUUGUUGAUGGGCAUGAAUUACGGGUCAUUAUGAACUCACCAACAAGCAACCAACCAUUUUGACUCCUUGUUAGUACUUAAAAGUUAACAACUUUAAUCAUCUUCUACUAGAUAAAAUAAGUUGUGUUUUCAAAGUUCAUGUGUAAAGCAAAAGAGAUUGUCUUAUAGUGACUUUAACAUAGAUUACACUCCCAUUGUGAAAUAAUAUAUAACUAUAUUUAUAUCAACUAUAUAUUACAUAUAUAACAAAACCCUAAAAUAAAGUUAAGUUGUCCAAAAUAACAAACUAGCGUCCUCCUUGAAAAAUUAUAAAAAUUUCAAGUUAGAUUGUCUUGGAUUUUAGGAUGUAUUAAGGCUAUCUCCAUGUAUUAGAGAAUAUAAGAAAUUCUAUUUAACAAUUUAAAAAAUUAUAAGAUUUUUUUGUAGCCUUAUCCUUGCAAUUGAAGUAGGAGAUUAAAUCCGAAACUCUUGUCGAAAUUGGGCAAGCAUGCUAGCCUGAAAAGAUUGGUUCCGUCGGAAAACAAGAGGGGUUGGUCAAUAUCGGUUUCAGAAAGUUUCAAAUUGAAAACUUUAAAAAAUUAUUUAUAAGUCGAUCAACCCAAUUAAUAUCAACUGACACUUACUCAUCAAUGUCGAUUUUGUAAAAAAUACCAUCUCCGACCGACCGAUUAACACCGAAGUCGGGAACUUACGCAUACUAGAUAAGUGUAGAGUAUAUAUAUCUUUUUCAAAUUUGAUUAAAUUACCAAAUAUUAUAUCCAAUUCUCUCUCUACCCUUUUUUUAUCUGCGUUCCCGCCCGCCGCUCGGUGAACUCAUUUGCGCAGCUCUUUCCUCUUUCUCUUCUUUGUCUUCCUCUCGGCUUCACAAUCUUCAUCGUCAAUCUUUGAUCCAGCCUAAGAAGGCGCUGUACAUUAUAGGGUUUUAAGUAGAAGUUAUUAGACAAUUGAAACCUCAUAAUUCAACCAAAAUGGCGGCCUUCAAUCUCGUUGCGGAUAUGUAUGACCCGGCCUUGAAGCCUCGCUUGCUACAUAAACUUCUUAGGGAGCACGUUCCCGACGAUAAGCGUGCAUUUUCUGAUUAUUCAGAACUUUCAAAUGUGGUUUCUAUGAUCACAUCCCACGAUCUUCUCUCUGAAUCCUCGUCUUCCAAGGACCAAAAGCUGAUUGAUAGCUGGAAAUCCGCUGUUGAUUCCUGGGUCAACCGUUUGUUUCUUCUUCUCUCCAACGAUAUGCCUGAUAAAUGUUGGGCGGGAAUCAUUUUACUUGGAGUGACUUGUCAACGAUGCAGCUCUAGUCGUUUCUUGGCAUCAUAUACAGAAUGGCUUCACAAGCUUUUACCUCACAUGCAGACAGAUUCUCAGUUUCUGAAGGUGGCCUCUUGUGCUUCAAUCUAUGAUUUAUUCUCGAGAUUGGGUAGAUUUCAAAGUGUAAAGAAAGAUGGGACUUCUUGUGCUGGGAAGGUCAUUCAACCUGUUGCAUGAUGAUAAUACUGAAGCUGUUUUGGAUAAUGCGGUUAAUCUGUUAUGCACCUUGAUAGAUUUCUUCCCCUUCACAAUCCAUCGUCAUUAUGACUCUGCCGAAGCUGCAAUUGUUUCAAAAAUAUUUUCAGGGAAGUGUAGUUCUAACAUGCUGAAGAAGCUUGCCCAUUGCCUGGCAUCACUUCCAAAAUCAAAAGGAGACGAAGAUAGCUGGUCUUUACUAAUUCAGAAGAUUUUGUUAUCCAUCAAUAGUCACUUGAAUGAGGCCUUCCAAGGCAUCGGUGAAGAUUCAAAAGGCAUUGAAGUUGUAAGGUUACUGAUUCUACCAGGAAAAGAUCCUCCACCACCUUUAGGUUGUUGUUCACAAUCAGAAGGUUCCUUGGACAAAAUAAAAAAGAGCUCAGAGCGGAUGUUAACAUCUAGUAUUUCAACCUUGAUGGUUUGCUGUUCCACAAUGAUAACAAGUUCAUACAACCAUCAGGUGGCAGUUCCCAUUCGCCCGUUAUUAGCUCUUGUUGAGAGAGUGCUGACGAUGGAUGGUUCUUUGCCACCCACUUCAGUGCCAUUUAUGACAUCUCUGCAGCAAGAAUCAAUGUGUUUAGAACUUCCGGUGCUGCAUUCAGUCAGUUUGGAUCUCCUCGUUGCCAUCAUUAAGAGCCUUCGCAGUCAAUUGUUGCCACAUGCUGCAUCAAUUGUACGACUCAUUGUGAAGUACUUCAAGAAGUGUGUCUCUGCAGAACUGAGAGUAAAAGUCUACGCAGUUGCUAAGUCAUUGAUGACGUCUUUGGGUGUUGGAAUGGCUGCAUCUCUUUCUCGAGAUGUGAUUGACAAUGUACUAGGUGAUUUGAACCCUGUAAAUAAUGAGAGUUCUGAUCCAUCUAAUGUGAAUCCAAAGGACACGCAAAGAGAUUUACCGCAACACCAUAAUAAGAGAAAACGCCCUUCAGUUCCCACUUCCAUGAAAGCGGCAGCACGAGAGGAAUGAACCAGAGGACAUUACCAGCAGCUGUAGCUAUACCUCAGUCCACUUGAGGAUAGCUGCACUUGAGGCUUUGAAGACUCUUCUUACAUCGGCUGGUGCUUUGAGAUCUGAAGAAGGAUGGCGUGCAAAAGUUGAACAUCUUUUAAUAACAACUGCAACAUCUUCUCUUCAAUGGCCACGAGCCUCGGACGACACCUUUUUCCAAGCCAAUGAAUCUAUUGAGGUUUGGGUGGAUUAUCAGUUGGCGGCAUUUCAUGCACUACUGGCUUCUUUUUUGUCUGCUGUCCAUGUACGCCCACUGGCUUUGGCUCAAGGUCUCGAGCUCUUUCGUAAAGGUAAACAAGAAAAUGGAACCAAACUUGGUGAGUUUUGUGCCCAUGCUCUCUUAGCCAUGGAGGUUCUAAUACAUCCGAGGGUCCUUCCCCUCUCGGAUUUCUUGCCAUUGCGCUUGAGCUCUCCUGAACCACAAGCUGCCUUUAAAUUCCAGGAAGAUCUGUACUUCAACAGUAACGAUUCUAGGAAAUUGUUGAAGGUCGGCCCGCAAAGCAUGGAGCAGAUGGCCUCCGAGGCUCUAAUUAGUGAUGAUGUGGUAGAUAACAAUGAAAUGACGUAUAGCACCUCAAAUGAUAUUGAAAAGGAGCCCUCUGCAAAUGGCAUAGCGAAUAUAGAAAUGCCCAAGAGAACCGAACAGGCCACUGCAGCAGCCAUCUCAGAAGUAGGGGUUGUAGCGGAAGAUGACGUUGAAUUUGCUAAUGCAAGUAUGAAUAGUUCCCCCAUGUCAUCAAAAUCAGAUAAAAUCGAAGAUUUUGGACGGGAUUCGAGCUCGAAUUUAUUGCUAGAAGAUGACUUUCCUGAUAUUAUUGAUGCAGAUCCUGAUACAGACUAUGAAGAGUGAAAAAGGUAUUGUCAAUCAUUGACUCAAUUUUGUAGUUUUAAGGCUUAAGGGUGUUGUUCAGAACUCAAAAUCAAUUAUUAUUGUUGUGUUCUAUUCAUGUAGCCAUAGAUGGCUUGAACUGAUGAUCGAGAAUGGUUAUGUAUAUAAAAAGGUGAAAGUUAGACAAAUUUCAAAAGCUUUGAUUGCUAGUUUCUGAUAAA